UUCCGGAAUCUGUUGCUGACCUGGAUUGCAAGCUGCAGCAUGACCCGAUAGCUGACAGUCGAAGUACAGAAUGGCCCCGAACACCCCCUCCCAUCGACCGAGAAAGAAGAGAAAAGGAGACUUGGUCUCAAGCAGCAGCUCCAAUGGCACAGUGUACCAAGAUCCUACAACAAAACACGACCAGCCUGCAUUUCCUCUGGUGGCAUUCUUCUGGCCGAUAAAAGGAGCUCUAUCGCAAUGGGUAGCAUUGCCAUGCAUCCUCAUGGUAGUCGGACUCUUCCGCUGGUGCACCGCCAUCUGGCCAUAUUCAGGAUUCCAAAAACCUCCCAUGCACGGCGAUUUUGAAGCUCAGCGCCAUUGGUUAGAGAUUACAACAAACCUGCCCACAACACACUGGUACUUUCACGAUCUUCAGUGGUGGGGUCUGGACUAUCCUCCGUUGACGGCGUACCACUCGUGGCUUCUCGGAAAAAUUGGCGCAUUCAUCAACCCCUCGUGGUUCGCACUAUAUCAGUCUCGCGGACUGGACGAUCCGGACUUGAAAGUCUUCAUGCGCGCUACUGUUUAUCUUUCCGAGCAUCUGGUCUACAUCCCGGCAGUGGUCGUCUGUGCACGACAUCUCGCGCGUCUGCACAACAUCAACUCAUGGGAGGCAGCGAUUGCGUUGACUGCAAUUCUCAUGCAACCUGCCACCAUCCUUAUUGAUCAUGGACACUUCCAAUAUAACACAGUCAUGUUGGGGCUGUUCGUGGCUGCAGUUUCCAACAUACUUGCUGGGAGAGCACUCUGGGCCUGCCUCUUUUUUGUGGGUGCGCUCGGCUUCAAACAAAUGGCGCUCUUCUGGGCGCCAGCAAUCGCAGCGUACCUCGCUGGUACUUGCAUCUUUCCGCGAGUGGAUAUAGCCCGCUUGUUUGGCAUCGCAAUAACUACAAUUGGCUCAUUCGCCCUAGUCUUCCUGCCGCUACUGUUAGGCACGGCCUGGGAUGCAUAUCGCGGCAUUCUGCUACCGUCUGACGCGACAUUGCCACCGCUUUUGGACUCGUUACCUUUCAAAUUGGACGAUCAGGCAGUCUACUGGCCUUAUGUAGUACAGCUUGCCCAAGCUGUGCAUCGGAUCUUUCCGUUCUCGAGGGGCUUAUUCGAAGACAAGGUGGCCAACAUCUGGUGCACGAUCCACGCAUCAGGCGUUCACAAACUCCAUCAGUACGAUCAAGGACUACUGAGUAAAGCCGCUCUAGCCCUCACACUGGCAUCGAUACUACCUCCGUGCUUGAUCAUCUUCCUCCGGCCGAAGAAAGAACUAGUUCCAUUGGCGCUGGCCACGACAGCUUGGGGAUUCUUCUUGUGCUCGUAUCAAGUGCAUGAGAAGAACAUUCUAUUGCCUCUUUUGCCGAUGACAUUACUCCUGGCAGCAGAAAACGGAAUGAAGCCCGCCAUUCGAGCAUGGGUAGGAUAUGCCAACCUCGCCGCCAACUGGACCUUGUUCCCACUCCUUUCCAAAGACGAGCUGAGAAUGCCGUACCUGGUCCUGACGUCUUUAUGGGCAUACCUCAUGGGUCUCCCACCUUUCAGCAUCAGCGCCUACACGAAACCCGCGAGUGAGGGCGGCGUCAAUGUGCUCACCAAGCUCGUCCACCUGGGCACGUACCUGGCCAUGAUAGCGUGGCAUGCCGCGGAGCUUUUCGUGCCACCACCGAAGGACAAACCAGACCUCUGGAUAGUAGCAAACGUGUGCCUGGGAGCUGCGGCUUUCGGUCUAUGUUACCUUUGGUGUCUUUGGGACCUCGCAGUCCAGAGCGGCGCAUUGAGCUUCGUCGGCAUCCACCAGCCAUCAACGACCACAGAGAAGAAGACGAAAUAGAUGGAUAGAAAUCGGUUGUU